AUGAAUUUUACAGAUCUUGAAAUUGAUAAAAUUUCUAAUGCUCCUUUAAAAUUUUAAGUUGAUUUUAGAGAUAGCUAAUUGAAAAUAUAAAAUUUUGAAUCACCUCGUGCUUCUUUCAGCAAGAAAGAAAAAAGAAAUCGAAAGUUUUUCCUUAAACGCUCAGUUUUUUUGGUUUAAAUUUGUAAAUAAACUGGAAACAUAGAAUUGAAAUUAGGCUCUGACUUUUUGCAUAUUGAAAUAAUGCAAGGGGGACAUUUGCCUUUGAAUUAAUAUAACAUUAAAGAUAUAAGAUCAGAGACCUUUGUGAAUGAUCAUGAUUUUAAAGAGUAAAAUGUUGAGAACAGUUUGAAAUUAGCUUCUAAUCAUCUAAGAAAGAAAAUUAAAGAGAUACACCAUAUCAAAAGUUCUUAUGGCCAUUCCUAAUACUAAUCCAAGGAUUUUCAAAGAUUAAAUGAAAACUUAAAAGGUAAUUUAAAAGGUAACUUUACUAACAUUUUUGAUUAAUCAGAUUGUCAUUAAAGAGUCACGACAGAUAAGAUUUAAGCUAUUGAAGAAGCAAAAAAAAUAUUAAAAGCUUAACAUUAGGAUAUAAAAAAUUUUUUAUAUAAAAAAUGA